GACCCCGGCUAUCCCUCAACAAAGGGAACUGCCGUUUUCUGGCAUUCGCAACCACAUCCUCGAGCCAACCAUCAAUCAGAAUGGCCCAAAGAGGUUGUGGAUGUUGUGAUUAUCGGUGCUGGUCUUACCGGCAUGGCCCUGGUACGAACCCUGUUAAAAAAGAAGCCAGGAAUUCGCAUCGUCUUGGUCGAUGCUAGAUCCCUCUGUUCCGGCGCUACAGGCCGCAACGGUGGUCACUGCAAGACCAUGACAUUCGCCAUGUGGGAAGAGCGAAAGCACUCGUUUGGAAUUGAAGAGGCCGUGCGCAUCUCGGCCUUUGAGCAUGGGCAUCUGGAAGCCAUGGCCGCCGUAAUCCGUGAAGAUCGCAUUGAUUGCGAUCUAGUCCUCACACAGGGCAUCGAGGCCUAUUACGAGCAAAACGACUUUGACAAAGCCGUUGCCAGUCUUGAAGACAUGCGUGCCCAUGCACCUCACCUGGCGGAGAAGCACCAAGUCCACACAGAUCAGUCAUACCUACGAGACGUCCUCAAGCUGUCGUCCCGCGCUGUCGGCGCCAUCUCGAUUCCAGCAGCCUCAAUGUGGCCUUAUAAAUGGGUCACAGGUGUCCUUGGGCCUUUUAUUGACCAGGGCAAGAUCAACGUCCAGACACACACGCCCGUCACAAGCAUUAUUGAUCGUGAGGGGGACGGACACGCCACUGUCAAGACCACUCGGGGAGAAAUUCGAGCCAGGAAUGUCGUCCAUGCCACCAACGCCUGGCUUGGUCGCCUGCUACCAGAGCUUCGACCGUUUAUCUCUCCCGUCAGAGGCAAUGUCAUGGCUUACGCUCCGACAACAGAUGGAAAGUCACCAUUGGGCCUCGGAAGCGACUAUUCGCUCUGGCUGCGAUACGGUAUCAAGGACUACGACUACCUCAUCCAGCGCAACGAUGGGCGUGCCAUUGUCGGUCGGGCCAACACUGGCCGUAAGGCAGUGGGUGAUGAUAGCGAGACGGACCUAAGCCCUAUGUCACAUCUGCGAGGUUUUGCCCAUGAAGCCCUCGCCAGUCCUUGCCGAGAUGCCGCUACCAAGAUUUCUCACCAGUGGUCUGGCAUCUUGGCUUUCUCUCAAGAUGCUGUCCCUUUUGCUGGUCGGCUGCCUUUCCCUGGACGCUCUCAUCAAUGGGUUUGUGGGGGAUAUCAUGCCACCGGUAUGGUCAAGGCAUUCCUGACUUCCCGGAUGGUUGCGGGCCUUAUCCUCGGAGAGAAG